GUGAGUCAGCUACUUCCGCUGGCUGCAAGUGGCAGUCGUGGUCGAGGUGGAAAAGACGGUGGUGGCGGAGGCGGUGGUCGAGGAUCAAAUGACGGCCGGUACUCCCUGCGCUCAUCUAUGUCGCACCUUCGAAGUCAAAUACCCUCGAACACCGAUAUGCCCCAUGGCCCAGGUGCAACACCAGAGUAUGAUCCUGCUUUGGCUAACCAACUUCGCCGACUGUUCCAUCAAAGAGUUGACAUUUUUGAACCUAUCAAACCUAAUCGAGAAUCUAUCCUAUUUGGGGUAAUCAAGAUUGCUCUUAAGACAGAAUGUGCUAUUUACUCUACUCUUGUGUGUCUCCUGCAUUUUCAGGCUUUCAGUGAAUGCGCAAGAACCCGUACAUUCGGGAAGUUUGGCUUACAGCAAAUACAAGUCGAAUGUCAUUAUCUCUACAUCCAUCUAUGGAGAUUUGUUAGCGAUGAAAAACAAAUACAGACAGUUCUGGAUGAUGUGAUGUACAGUGUAAUGCAACGCUGUGUGGAGCCCCAAUUAAUGGACGAUAGCGUUUAUUCAUGUUCGCUUCCUUUUGCUUUUGAUUUCAGAUUGUUGAUGCCAUCUGCGAUAGUUCUCGGAGUGGCAUUGCCUUCCGAGAGAGGUUUCGCAUCCCGUUUGCAUGUUUGCCAGAAAAUCUUGGAGAAUCGUAUUAAUCUCGAUAAAUUUGAUGUAGAUUAUUCCAUUAAAUUUGAUGAAGAAAAUCGAGGUCCAAUAACGGAUAUUUCUAUUGAUCCUGUAGAGUCACGAUUCCUUCUAGCUGCAAACUCGAAUGGAAGUCUAUUACUGUAUGACACUCACUGUCCAUUUGUAACCCAAGAUGUUGGCGGCUGCAAAUCGUCGACUUUUCGUUCUCUCACCCAUAUCACAUCAGUUCCAUCAACACUUUUAGGCACUGGUGAUGCAGGUCCGAAUUCGAGUGACGGGAGACUUAGCAAAUCCCUCUGUGUUCAGUGGAACCCUGUAGACACUGGUUCUUUUUUCACAGUCUCCGUUAACAGCACACUCAGAAUAUGGGACACUAACAGAGGAGAGUGUGUAGAGGCGAUCUCAACCAUAGAACCCAUGACUUGGGCAUCUUUGUCGUCUUGUGCAACAGAGCAUAAUUUGAUUGCUGUGUCCCUCAGCAGGGUUCAUGAACGUCACACGGUUUGUAUUGAUCCUCUUGUGGGCGCCCCUUGUUUGAGUCUACUCGGGAGUCAUACAGAACCUUAUCUUACACAGAUUCUAUGGUCUGCUCGAAGUUCAUUUGUUUUGCUAACUGCGGGGAUCGAUGGCCGUGUUAUCUUUUGGGAUAUUCGUGUCCCUUCAAAGCCCGUCGCUGCGUUGAAUAAAGCCUUCGUUGAUGGAGAUAAAGUUUACAUGAAUGAAGCUUUGGCCCAUAAUGACGGUGUGAAAAGUAUGUCUCACAGUCCAGACGGUCUCCAACUCUACACAUGGGGCGGUACUGGUACACGAGGUGACUCCUGUCUUCGAGUUUGGAGUCUUGAGGUAGAUGGUCAGUCUCCGACGCCACUUGCUAACGCUCAACCCCGUCUUUCCACGGCUGCCGUGACGGUAGAGAGUACAGUUUUGGGUGCAGGACUUUCUUCAAGAUGUGCUCGGUUAGCGGUGGCUGGAGGGGAGAGCCCUUGGGGCCCAUGUCCACGUUUUCCCGCUUGGGAAGCUGAGGGUGGCCUCGUGUUUGUACCCGCAGAUAGGUCUCUUAUUGUUACACCAAUUGAUAGUCGAUUAUAUCGAGAGAAUUCCAACAAGCCGACGCUUCGGACUAUCAAAAGACACUUUGCUAGUAUGACGGCAUGUGCUUGGAAUCCAAAAAGCUUGGAGCUUUAUACAGCAGGACUUGAUAGCAAUCUAUACACAUGGCCGCUGUUUCAAUCCGAUCCCUCUACUGAGGAGAAUUCGGUAGUAAUGAAGAGUGUUUGA